AUGACGAAAAAUAAUAUGGAAAGUAUACUGCCACACGCUAGUCAUAUAAUUAAUACAAUGUGUACACCUCGAACAAGGACAAGACAACGAUUUAGUUUAGGUACUAGUUCUACUCCUGAUGAAAAUAUCAAAGAUAUUGACACAUUUCAAGAAUUAUUAAAUAAAACUUGGACUAUUUUUGGAGUUUCUAUGUUAUUUAAUUUCCAUCAAGAUGAAAUACAUUUAAAACAAUAUGCAAAACGAUUAAAAGAAGAAGUUACAAGUAAAUUAAGUCAAGAAGCUGUUGUAUAUGAUGUAGAAUUUUGUGUUAUGGAAAAUGUAACACAAAGACCUAGUCCAUUGGAUCCUCCACCAAUAAAGGUUGAAGUUUAUGCUGAAAACAGUAAUAUUCAAGAAAGUUCAAAAAAAUGCAUUUAUAAAGGUAUAUUUUUAUCAUGGAGAACAACUAAAAAUAUAGUAACAAUUUUUAAUUCUGUGACAUUACCUCUUUUGUUAUGUCGUGGCACACGAAGUGCCAUUGGAGUUGUCCAUAACACAUUAAGUCUUCUAUUUGAUUGCAUGAUUAUUUCAUUAUCUGUCCAAGAGGAUGAUUUAAUAUGGCUUGUUGCAAUUGUGAUUACUCCAACAAAUAAAGAGCAAUAUCCAAAGAGUACAGAUGUAAUUUGUAUGGAAUAUAAAAUACCAGAACUACCAGAUUCAGAUACUAUUACAAUUAAGUUUAAAAUUUUGGACUUAAUAAAAAUAUUGACAGUUAUUGUAAAAGAUCAGAGUGAUGAAGCAAGUGUUGAAAUUUCUUUUAAUUUAGAACAUGUAGAAAACUUCCGCGAAUUUUUAUAUAGUCAAAUGUUAAAGACUGCUGGUUUACAAUUGGGAUUGUGUACAUUGUACAAGAUUAAUCUUCCUACAUUUUCAAUAACGGGAAACAGAAUGAAAGUAAUGAAUCCAGAUACCAUGAAUCGUGUUUUAUUAUAUUUAAAUGAAAAAGCUCUUGAUAUAUUACACACAUUAGAGGCUUAA